AUCAUUCCCCUUUACAAAAGAGGACGCUGACGCCCGAUGGGCGUCAGGGUUUCUUCCUUGCGCGCAGUGCGGAUUCAGGCUAACCGACUGGAUCUGGUUUAUCUGAAGAUGAAAAAAAAGAAUGGCAAACCCACUUUCCGGAUUUCUUCAAGCCGACGCGGGUGAGGUGUGCGAGCGCGCCCGGGAUCCGCACUGAGUGAAGUUCCGCAGAGCCGGGAGACCGAGGAGAUGGGUCAGCCUGGGUAGCUGCCCUUGUCCAGCGCAACCCAAGACACCUGCGCGCCGGGUGGAGCCAGGGCUAGGGGUGGGGCCUGGGCUCCGGGAAGGGGGCGGGCCUGCCUUCCUCCAGUGCAAAUGCGUCCUGGAGUGGUUUGUCCUACGUUGCGGCCCGUAGAGGCGCCGACUCACCGCCUCUUCUCCGGGAGUGGCGGAGAUUCGAUCAUGUGACAGUCCGGAGGCCAGAACCGGGCAGGUUGCGUGAAGCGCAGGGGUUUGACAAAAACAAACGGUGACGGCGCCGCGGAAGGGUCUAUGGCCGAGGCGGUGAAGCCCCAGCGCCGGGCCAAGGCCAAGGCCAGCCGGACUAAAACAAAGGAAAAGAAGAAAUAUGAAACCCCUCAGAGGGAAGAGUCCAAUGAAGUCUCCCUUCCAAAAACCUCCAGAGAGCAGGAAAUCCCUUCUCUAGCCUGUGAAUUCAAAGGAGACCAUCUGAAGGUGGUAACUGAUUCCCAGCUCCAGGAUGAUGCCAGUGGACAAAAUGAGAGUGAAAUGUUUGAUGUACCACUCACCUCCUUAACUAUAAGCAAUGAAGAGUCCCUGAUGUGUAAUACAGAGCCCCCAAAGGAAGGGGGAGAGGCCAGACCCUGUGUGGGGGACAGUGCAGUCACUCCAAAGGUCCACCCUGGAGACAAUGUUGGAACUAAAGUAGAAACCCCCAAGAACUUCACAGAGGUAGAGGAAAAUAUGUCGGUACAAGGUGGACUUUCAGAAAGUGUACCCCAAUCUAAUUUUUCUUAUACUCAGCCAGCAAUGGAAAAUAUACAAGUCAGAGAAACUCAGAAUAGUAAAGAAGACAAACAAGGCCUGGUUUGUUCUUCAGAGGUGCCACAGAAUGUUGGCUUGCAGAGUUCUUGCCCAGCCAAACAUGGUUUUCAGACACCUAGAGUGAAGAAACUGUAUCCCCAGUUGCCAGCUGAAAUUGCUGGAGAAGCACCAGCUUUGGUGGCAGUGAAACCCUUGCUUCGCAGUGAGCGACUCUACCCAGAACUCCCGUCUCAACCGGAACUAGUACCAUUUACUAAAGAACAGCUAAAAAUCUUGGAGCCUGGUUCAUGGCUAGAAAAUGUCGAGUCAUAUUUAGAAGAAUUUGACAGCAUGGCUCAUCAAGACAGGCAUGAAUUUUAUGAGUUGCUUUUGAACUACUCACGAUGUAGGAAGCAACUGCUGCUGGCUGAAGCUGAGCUGCUUACUCUGACAUCUGAUUGCCAAAAUGCUAAAAGUCGGCUGUGGCAGUUUAAGGAGGAACAAAUGUCUGUACAGGGUAUCUGUGCAGAUCAAGUGAAAGUUUUCAGCUAUCAUCGCUACCAAAGAGUAGAAAUGAAUGAAAGUGCACUGGUGGAGCUGAAGAAGCUAUUCGAUGCCAAAUCUGAGCACCUCCACCAGACCCUGGCCCUUCAUUCUUAUACUUCUGUGCUCUCAAGAUUGCAAGUGGAGUCUUAUAUCUAUGCAUUGCUCAGUAGUUCAGCUGUUCUGAGAUCUUUAGCAAUUCACCAGCAAGGCCGAGCGUCUAAGCAGACAGAAAGCAUUCCCUCUGAUCUGUGUCAACUAAAGGAAUGCAUUAGUGUCUUAUUCAUGUUCACCAGGAGAGUUAAUGAAGAUACUCAGUUUCAUGAUGAUAUUCUUCUCUGGCUGCAGAAAUUGGUAUCCGUGCUACAAAGAGUUGGCUGUCCUGGAGAUCACCUCUUCCUUCUAAACCAUAUUCUUCGAUGCCCCGCUGGUGUUAGUAAAUGGGCUGUUCCUUUCAUCCAGAUCAAAGUGUUGCAUAACCCAUCAGGGGUCUUUCAUUUUAUGCAAUCCCUUGCCCUGCUGAUGUCUCCUGUCAAAAAUCGAGCUGAGUUUAUGUGCCACAUGAAGCCCAGUGAGCGGAAGCCAUCCUCCUCAGGGCCUGGGUCUGGGACUUGGACGCUAGUAGACGAAGGAGGAGAAGAGGAUGAAGACCCUGAGACCAGUUGGAUUCUCCUUAAUGAAGAUGAUUUGGUUACCAUUUUAGCACAGUUCCCCUUUCAUGAACUCUUUCAGCAUCUUCUUGGGUUUAAAGCAAAAGGUGAUUAUUUACCUGAAACAACAAGACCUCAAGAGAUGAUGAAAAUUUUUGCCUUUGCCAACUCACUAGUGGAACUUCUGGCUGUGGGGUUAGAAACCUUUAAUAGAGCACGCUAUAGGCAGUUUGUGAAGCGAAUUGGUUAUAUGAUCAGGAUGACUCUUGGUUAUGUAAGUGACCAUUGGGCACAGUAUGUGAGCCAUAACCAAGGCUCAGGAUUGGCCCAACAGCCCUACUCUAUGGAGAAACUACAGGUUGAAUUUGAUGAACUGUUUUUGAGGGCUGUCCUACAUGUGCUGAAGGCCAAAAGACUUGGCAUUUGGCUGUUUAUGUCCGAGAUGCCCUUUGGGACUCUGUCUGUGCAAAUGCUGUGGAAGCUUUUCUACCUCAUGCACCAGGUGGAGAGUGAGAACCUGCAGCAGCUCUCCUCCUCCCUGCAGCCCGCCCAGUGCAAGCAGCAGCUCCAAGACCCAGAACAUUUUACCAACUUUGAGAAGUGUCUUUCUUCUAUGAAUAGCUCAGAAGAGAUUUGCCUUCUGACUACCUUUGCUCAGAUGGCUCAGGCCAGAAGAACCAAUGUGGAUGAAGACUUCAUAAAAAUUAUUGUUCUGGAGAUAUAUGAGGUAUCUUAUGUCACCUUGUCUACCAGAGAGACUUUUUCAAAGGUUGGUCGAGAGCUUUUAGGGACUAUCACAGCUGUUCACCCUGAGAUAAUUUCCGUCCUUCUGGAUAGAGUUCAAGAGACCAUUGACCAGGUUGGAAUGGUUUCUCUAUACUUGUUUAAAGAACUGCCUUUGUAUCUUUGGCAACCUUCUGCAUCUGAGAUAGCGGUGAUUCGGGAUUGGUUAUUGAAUUACAACCUGACAGUGGUGAAGAAUAAACUGGCCUGUGUUAUUCUUGAAGGACUGAAUUGGGGAUUUGCUAAACAGGCUACCCUUCAUCUGGAUCAAGCAGUCCAUGCUGAAGUGGCUUUAAUGGUUCUUGAAGCUUAUCAGAAGUACCUUGCACAGAAGCCAUAUGCUGGGAUUCUCUCUGAAAGUAUGAAGCAGGUUUCAUAUUUGGCCAGUAUUGUUCGAUAUGGAGAGACACCCGAGACCUCAUUUAACCAAUGGGCCUGGAAUUUAAUCUUGAGGCUAAAACUGCACAAAAAUGAUUAUGGAAUACAGCCGAAUUGUCCAGCUGUUCCCUUCUCCGUCACUGUGCCUGACAUGACAGAGUCACCCACGUUUCAUCCUCUCUUGAAGGCUGUGAAAGCGGGCAUGCCCAUUGGCUGUUAUCUAGCCUUAUCUAUGACAGCUGUGGGCCACAGCAUUGAGAAGUUCUGUGCAGAAGGCAUCCCACUGUUGGGAAUUCUGGUCCAGUCAAGACAUUUGAGAACAGUGGUUCAUGUCCUGGAUAAGAUUCUGCCUUUAUUUUACCCUUGCCAGUAUUACCUUCUGAAGAAUGAGCAGUUUUUGUCGCAUCUCCUCUUGUUCCUACACUUGGACAGCGGUGUCCCUCAGGGUGUCACACAACAGGUCACCCACAAGGUGGCACAGCACCUGACAGGAGCCAGCCAUGGGGACAAUGUGAAGCUUCUCAACAGCAUGAUCCAGGCACACAUAUCUGUAAGCACUCAGCCCAAUGAAGUGGGCCCCGUUGCUGUGUUGGAGUUCUGGGUUCAGGCUCUCAUAAGCCAGCAUCUCUGGUACCGAGAACAACCUAUCCUCUUCCUCAUGGACCACUUGUGUAAAGCAGCUUUUCAGCUGAUGCAGGAAGACUGCAUACAGAAAUUACUCUACCAGCAACAUAAGAAUGCCUUGGGUUACCACUGUGACCGGAGUCUGCUCUCGUCUUUGGUAAGCUGGAUUGUGGCAGGCAACAUCACUCCUUCCUUUGUGGAGGGCUUGGCCACGCCCACUCAGGUCUGGUUUGCCUGGACAGUGCUCAACAUGGAAUCCAUCUUUGAAGAGGACUCCCAGCUCCGGAGAGUUAUUGAAGGGGAAUUGGUGAUAAACUCUGCUUUCACCCCUGACCAAGCUCUGAAGAAAGCCCAGACUCAGCUGAAGCUCCCCAUCGUGCCAUCCCUCCAGAGGCUGCUGAUUUAUCGCUGGGCCCACCAGGCUCUGGUCACACCUUCUGAUCACCCCCUCCUGCCACUCAUUUGGCAGAAGUUCUUCCUUCUGUAUCUUCACCGUCCGGGACCACAGUAUGGGUUACCCAUAGAUGGUUGUAUUGGAAGAAGGUUUUUUCAAAGUCCUGCUCAUAUCAAUUUGUUGAAAGAAAUGAAGAGACGUUUGACCGAGGUGGCUGACUUCCACCAUGCUGCAAGCAAGGCCCUCCGUGUUCCAGCAGAGGGCAGUGAAGGGCUGCCAGAGAGCCACUCUGGCACCCCUGGUUACCUGACUUCACCAGAACUGCACAAGGAGCUGGUGAGGCUCUUCAAUGUAUAUAUAUUAUGGCUAGAAGAUGAGAAUUUUCAAAAAGGAGAUACCUAUAUCCCUUCUCUACCAAAGCAUUAUGAUAUUCACAGGCUAGCAAAAGUGAUGCAGAAUCAGCAGGAUCUGUGGAUGGAGUAUUUGAACAUGGAGCGCAUCUAUCAUGAGUUUCAGGAGACUGUUGGUCUGUGGACACAGGCCAAGCUUGAGUCCCAUUCCACACCCUGCAGUUUGUCCGUGCAGCUGGACUUCACUGAUCCUUUGCUGGCUAAAGAAAGGGUUUUAAGUAACUUGCGGAAGCAUGAGGCUCCCCAGCCUCCCCUUGUUCUGCACCCGACGAAGCCUCCUGUGCCAGUUAUUUCCUCUGCUGUGCUAUUGAGUCAGAAGGACGCCACCCAGCUGGUGUGCACAGACCUGAAUCUGUUGCAACAGCAGGCCAGAACCGCAGCUCUUCGGGAAUCUCAGCAGGUUGCUCUGGAUGGUGAGCUGUUGGACACAAUGCCAAAGCAGUAUGUGAAUCGUGAAGAACAGACCACACUACAUUUGGAGUGCAGAGGCAGCAGCGGUAAGAAAUGCCAAGGAGCCGCAGUUGUCACGGUUCAGUUUGAAGGCAUGCAUAAGAAUGAAGCCAUAAGCCAACAGCUUCAUGUUUUACGGAAGGAAGUGAAGCAGUUGCAAGCUGAAGCUGCUAAACCACCAUCACUUAAUAUUGUGGAAGCUGCUGUACAUGCAGAAAACUUGAUCACGGCCUUAGUGAAUGCCUACAAGUUGCAGCCUACACCUGGGAUUCAGAAAGUUGGCAUUAGCCUUUUCUUUACUAUUGUGGAUUACGUCAGCGAUGAGACGCAGCGUCAUCCCCCAACAAGGCAGUUCUUUACUUCAUGUAUUGAGAUCUUGGGACAGGUGUUUAUCAGUGGCACUAAAUCGGAGUGCAGAAAAGUACUUGAAACCAUUCUGAAGAACAGCAGGCUCUGCUCCCUGCUGUCUCCUUUCUUCACUCCCAGUGCUGCGCCUGCAGAGUUCAUACAGCUGUAUGAGAAAGUGGUGAAGUUUCUAAGUGAGGACAACAGUGAUAUGAUUUUCAUGCUGCUAACCAAGUUCGAUCUUAAACAAUGGUUAAGCGCCACUAAACCUCCUCUGUCUGAUCGUACCAGGCUUCUGGAGUCCAUUCACUUGGCACUUACUGCCUGGGGCCUUGAACCAGAUGAGGAUAUUUUGAUGCCAUUUAAUCUUUUCUGUAAGCACUGGACUUAUCUUCUUCUCUACCAGUUUCCUGACCAGUACAGUGACAUUCUCAGGCUGCUUAUGCAAAGCUCCGCGGAGCAGCUGCUGAGCCCCGAGUGUUGGAAGGCCACUCUGAGAGCCCUGGGCUGCUGCGCCCCCAGCUGCCAGCAGGGGGCAGCGUCCACCGAGGGCGCCGUGCUUCCCAGCUCUUCUGAUGCUCUCUUGUCAGACAAGCAGGUAAUGGAGACUAUACAGUGGCUUUCAGACUUUUUUUAUAAGCUUCGGUUAUCCAAGAUGGACUUUAAAAGCUUUGGUUUAUUCUCAAAAUGGAGUCCUUAUAUGGCUGAUGUGAAGACAUUCUUGGGCUACCUUGUGAAAAGGCUGAUUGACUUAGAAAUGACCUGUUUGGCCCAAGACCCAACUGCCAGCAGGAAAACAGUGCUGAAAUCCCUACAUUCAGUAAUCAUUCAGCUCUUUAAGCCAUGGAUCCUGGUUUUAGAGGACAACGAAAGCGGCCAACAGCGGCAUUACCCCUGGCUAGAGAGUGAUACUGUGGUGGCCUCAAGCAUUGUGCAGCUGUUCACUGACUGUAUUGACUCACUGCAUGAGAGUUUUAAAGAUAAGCUGUUGCCAGGUGAUGCAGGAGCCCUUUGGUUGCACCUGAUGCAUUAUUGUGAAGCAUGUACAGCACCCAAAAUGCCAGAGUUCAUUCUGUACGCUUUCCAUAGCACGUACCGGAAACUGCCAUGGAAGGACCUGCACCCUGACCAGAUGCUCAUGGAGGCCUUCUUCAAAGUGGAACGAGGAAGCCCCAAGAGCUGUUUCUUAUUUUUGGGGUCUGUACUCUGUGAAGUCAACUGGGUUAGUGUGCUCUCUGAUGCCUGGAAUUCCAGUCCCCACCCAGAAACCCGCAGCAUGAUUGUCUGCCUCCUUUUCAUGAUGAUUUUAUUGGCAAAGGAAGUUCAACUGGUAGACCAAACAGAUUCACCUUUACUUAGUCUCCUUGGACAGACAAGCUCACUUUCAUGGCAUCUUGUGGAUAUUGUGUCAUACCAGAGUGUGCUAAGUUAUUUCAGCAGCCAUUACCCGCCGUCCAUCAUCCUGGCAAAAGAAUCUUAUGCUGAAUUAAUCAUGAAGCUCCUAAAAGUGUCUGCGGGCCUUUCUAUUCCUACUGACAGCCAGAAGCAUCUUGAUGCAGUUCCAAAAUGCCAAGCUUUUACUCAUCAGAUGGUUCAAUUCCUCAGCACCCUGGAACAAAAUGGAAAAAUCACCUUAGCAGUCCUAGAACAGGAAAUGUCUAAGCUCUUAGACGAUAUCAUUGUCUUUAACCCGCCCGACAUGGACAGCCAGACCCGCCACAUGGCCCUCAGCAGCCUCUUUAUGGAAGUACUGAUGAUGAUGAACAAUGCGACUAUUCCAACAGCAGAGUUCCUUCGGGGCAGUAUCCGGACCUGGAUUGGCCAAAAAAUGCAUGGGCUGGUGGUGCUGCCCCUUUUAACAGCAGCCUGCCAGAGCCUGGCGUCCGUCCGCCACAUGGCUGAGACUACAGAAGCCUGCAUCACUGCCUACUUCAAAGAAAGCCCUCUCAAUCAGAAUUCAGGAUGGGGACCCAUUCUGGUAUCCCUUCAGGUUCCCGAGCUCACCAUGGAAGAGUUCCUGCAGGAGUGCCUCACCCUGGGCAGUUACUUGACUCUUUACGUCUACCUGCUUCAGUGUUUAAACAGCGAACAGACUUUAAGGAAUGAAAUGAAAGUGCUGCUCAUCUUAAGCAAGUGGCUGGAACAGGUGUACCCAAGCUCCGUGGAGGAAGAGGCAAAGCUGUUUUUGUGGUGGCACCAAGUCCUUCAGCUCUCCCUCAUUCAGACAGAGCAGAAUGACUCCGUCCUGACAGAAUCUGUCAUUCGAAUUCUGCUCUUGGUUCAGAGCAGGCAGAACCUCGUGGCUGAGGAGAGACUCAGCUCUGGGAUCUUGGGGGCAAUUGGGUUUGGCCGGAAGUCACCUUUGUCUAACAGGUUCCGAGUGGUUGCCCGAAGCAUGGCUGCCUUCCUUUCAGUUCAGGUUCCUAUGGAAGAUCAGAUCCGUUUGAGGCCUGGCUCUGAAUUACAUCUGACCCCCAAAGCUCAGCAGGCUCUGAAUGCUCUUGAAUCCAUGGCAUCAAGUAAGCAGUAUGUUGAAUACCAGGAUCAAAUAUUGCAAGCCACCCAAUUUAUAAGGCAUCCUGGCCAUUGCCUUCAAGAUGGGAAAAGCUUCUUGGCUCUUCUCGUUAACUGUCUGUAUCCAGAAGUGCAUUAUUUGGACCACAUACGAUAGUUAACACUGAGGCUCUUGAAAAACCCAUUGCUGUUUAUGUUUACAUUUAACUUUGCUGUUGCACAAGUAACUUUGCUCAAUUUCACUGUAGAGCUCAGUUUGGCCAAUGUGUAGUUGACUGAGAUGCAAGUUGGGAGGCAUUAGAUAUUAGAUAAUUUUGGGGUGUGUGUGUGUGUGUGUGUGUGUGUUUUCUUAGCUCUUAAGACCUUCUGGGGACUCUUUAAGUUUUUAUAUUUAUCCACAAGAGAAACUUACUAAGUUCCACUUGGGUACAGAGCCACUCACAGUUGCCGAAUGUCCCAGUCAUCUCACAAGACCUCCAGAUGGAGUUCUUUGUAUGUUUCCACUUCUGUCUCUGUUUUAUGUAAAUGUUCCAGAUCUGACAACCUUGGAAGUCACGCAGUACCCUUACUUUUAAACCCCAUUUGUGUUCCUCCAAAGUAAAAAAGUCAAUUUUGAAAAAUGUCUGCAUUUCUCAAAUGUGGACAAAUACAAUAGUUUUAAAGUAUUGUUUUUCUCAGAAGGGAGAUAAAAAUGCCGAGUUAGUUAAAGUGGGUCAUGUGUAAAAUACGACCACUUGAUCGUGAUCGUAGUGGGCAGCAGAGAUGAUGACAAGUCCAUUUCCAUCCAGCCGUGUAUCCUCAUGGAGAAGCUGCCUGUUGGAAUCAGGAUGGCAAGCUGGCAGUCUGGGAGGAGCAUGUUUUGCACAGAUGUUUUGUUUGGUCCACUUGGUAAGGAGUGCAGACAGGGCUGCCUCUCUCUAGUCGGGAGAGUCUGUGCAUUCCCUCGGGCCCUGACCCUAGCCUCAUUCACAUCACUCGCCCCUGUCGACACCUAAGUUUGCACCCUUUGAUAGACACCAUGUUCGAUAUCUGAAAGGCUCAGUGUCAGGAGACAGAGACUGAAGACCUGAUUCUCUGUUCCCUGCUUGUUUUUUAACUUCAAACUCAGAUGAAGCCAAUGGACCUGCUGAAACACUUGUCUGUGGAAACUGGGUCAGGUCAGGAGAUCUACUGAAAUUUGGCUUUUUUUCCAUAGCCACGUGCCUUCUGUUGUUGACAGUUCAUUCAUUAGCAAAGCCUGUGUGUAACUUUGCCUUGUUCUGUGGCCAUCUUCUUGCUCAUGUUAUUUCUCCUGGGAAUGAGCAGUUUGACUUCUGUUCCCACGUUCCUCAUUCUAUCAGCUCUAGAUGGAUUUUGCCUGCAUAGCUGGCUUAAUAUGUCUUUGUGUAUGGGUAGUUUGUAGCCUGGGAAUAUUUACCUAAAAAUGUCUAAACAGCCACCAAGAAUGUUUAUAGGGGUAUAGGAAUAUAGUUAACAGAGUGCUAAUCUCUCCUCAAAUGUCCUUUUGGAAUGCUUCCCUCAAAAUUGGGAAGUUGGUAGGAGCUUUUCUUUACUUUGAAUUUCUUUACUUGGACAGAACGAUUCUGCCUUAAAGACACGCUUUGCAGCUCUGAUAAAGAACAUCCCUGUUUAGUCUCUUGAGUUUUACAGGCCACAAAAUGUCCAUCUCAGAGGGAUCUGUCUCAGCUUUUCUUAUUUUUGCUUCUCUCUGUUUUCAAAAUUAAUCAUCUUGUUCUCUGUAUAAGAAAAUUUGAGAAGCUGUGGACAAUUUAAUAGUCUGAUCUGGCAACAGCGAUUUUUGUUUGGAAAUAUUUUGUGUUUUCUUUGAGGAGGAUAUAAUUACUGAUAUCCUAGGAUGUGAAAUUUUUGAGUGACAGUAUGCACAUUUUAAAGAAAAUUAUGAUUAAUCUGUAUAAUGUUUUUUGGUCUGUAAAAAUUAUAAAAAAUAAAAUCAUUUAUCUUUGGUUGUAA